AUGCAGCAAUUGAGGGUGGUGUUGAUCUGCUCAGCUUCUCCUUUGGCGCUGGGUAUCCUCGGGAGUGCUUUGCCUGUGAAUCUUGGUCCAUUCAAUGGUACAGUGCAAAAUGCAGCUCCAUGGAUCCUUACUGUUGGAGCAAGCACCAUUGAUAGGAGUUUCAGAGCCGUGGCGCGGUUUGGAAAUGGAGAAGAAUUUGAAGGUGAAUCCCUUUACCAGCCUCUUGGUUUGUUGAAUCCAACAACAUUGCCACCUCUUGUAUACCCCACCACAAGCAACCACACGUUAUCUGAAUUCUGCAAUCAGGGAACGUUGGCAAAUGUCAGGGACAUGGUGAAAGGAAAGGUAGUGCUAUGUCAGGGACGUGGAGGGGAAGCUGGCAUUGCUAGAGGGGCAAAAGUGAAGAAAUAUGGAGGGGUUGCCAUGAUUCUCAAUAAAUGA